GAACUUGUCUCAUACGCAGAUUGUGUGGGCUCAGAAGUCAUGCUUGUUGUCUUUUAGUUAUAUCGAUGAUAUAUAUAUAUAUAUGAUAUAACUUUUUUGUAAAAGAUACCAUAAACAUGGCUACGAAACGUAAAGCGGAUGCAUCAGUGCCCGCAGAAGAGAGUGACCAGCUGCUUAUAAGACCGCUAGGAGCUGGUCAAGAGGUGGGCAGGUCAUGCAUCAUCCUGGAAUUCAAGGGUCGGAAGAUAAUGCUGGAUUGUGGUAUCCACCCUGGAUUGGAGGGCAUGGAUGCUUUGCCUUAUAUUGAUUUGAUAGACCCAGCUGAGAUUGAUCUGCUCCUUAUUAGCCAUUUCCACCUGGAUCAUUGUGGAGCCUUACCAUGGUUUUUACAGAAGACAAGUUUCAAAGGAAGGACUUUCAUGACCCAUGCCACCAAAGCCAUCUACCGCUGGUUGCUUUCAGACUAUGUGAAAGUCAGCAACAUCUCGGCUGAUGACAUGCUAUAUACAGAGACAGAUCUAGAAGAAAGCAUGGACAAAAUUGAGACCAUCAACUUCCAUGAAGUGAAAGAGGUGGCCGGCAUCAAGUUUUGGUGCUACCAUGCCGGUCAUGUUUUGGGUGCUGCCAUGUUCAUGAUCGAGAUUGCUGGAGUGAAGCUGCUUUACACAGGAGAUUUCUCACGUCAAGAAGACAGACAUCUAAUGGCAGCUGAGAUACCCAGCGUCAAACCAGACAUUCUCAUUACAGAGUCGACGUAUGGCACCCACAUCCAUGAGAAGAGAGAGGAGAGAGAGGCUCGUUUCUGUAACACAGUUCAUGAUAUAGUGAACAGGGAGGGCCGUUGUCUGAUCCCUGUCUUUGCUUUGGGUCGAGCCCAGGAACUGCUGCUUAUUCUAGAUGAAUACUGGCAGAAUCACCCGGAACUCCAUGACAUCCCUAUUUAUUAUGCCUCCUCCCUGGCAAAGAAGUGUAUGGCUGUGUAUCAGACCUACGUGAAUGCCAUGAACGACAAAAUUCGCAAGGCCAUCAACAUAAACAACCCCUUUGUCUUCAAGCAUAUCAGCAACCUCAAGAGCAUGGACCAUUUUGAUGACAUUGGUCCUAGUGUGGUGAUGGCAUCUCCAGGUAUGAUGCAGAGCGGUCUCUCCAGAGAGCUGUUUGAGAGCUGGUGCACAGAUAAGAGGAACGGUGUCAUCAUAGCAGGUUACUGCGUGGAAGGAACUCUUGCCAAGCAUAUCAUGUCUGAGCCAGAGGAGAUCACCACAAUGUCAGGACAGAAGCUUCCUCUGAAGAUGUCCGUGGACUACAUCUCUUUCUCUGCUCACACUGACUACCAGCAGACCAGCGAGUUCAUCCGAGCUCUGAAACCUCCUCAUGUGAUCCUAGUUCAUGGGGAGCAGAAUGAGAUGGCUCGACUGAAAGCUGCCCUGAUCAGAGAGUAUGAGGACAAUGAUGAGGUUCACAUUGAGGUGCACAACCCUCGUAACACUGAGGCCGUGACACUCAACUUCAGAGGAGAGAAACUGGCGAAGGUGAUGGGCUCUCUCGCAGAUAAAAAGUGUGCACAAGGCCAGAGGGUCUCCGGCAUUCUGGUCAAAAAGAACUUCAAUUACCACAUCCUCUCUCCCUCUGACCUCUCCAAUUACACUGAUCUGGCAAUGAGUACAGUGAAACAGACUCAAGCGAUUCCCUUCACCGGCCCUUUUCCCUUGCUGUUAAGUCAGCUACGCCACUUGACAGGGGACGUGGAGGAGAUUGAGACGGCAGAGAAAAGCGUACUGAGAGUCUUUAACAGCAUCACACUGGUUCAUGAUAGCAACAUGGUCGUGUUGGAGUGGGUAGCAAACCCGUUGAAUGACAUGUAUGCUGAUGCAGUCACCACAGUGGUCUUGGAAGUGCAGUCAAAUCCCAAAGCACAGAAAGUUGUUCAGCCUCAGGAGAAGAAGUUGGAUGUGAAUGUUUUUCAGAACAGAUUACUGAAAAUGUUCCAAGAUAUGUUUGGAGAGGAGUAUGUCGACUUCAACGAUAAGAACAGUCUUUGUGUAAGUGUAGAUGGGAAGACUGCUUACAUUAACCUGGAAACCAGAACUGUGGAGUAUGAGGAGGCCAGUGCAGAAGAUGAUUCUCUCAGAGAAAUGGUUGAGCUCGCUGUACAAAGACUCUAUGAAGCCAUGAAUCCUGUGAUGUGAGAUGGGCAAAUGUCUCGAGCUCUUCAUUCCCCUCAAGAACUUUAGUUUUCAGACUCCAAAUUGAAACUCCUGCAAUCAUAUUUUGAGCCACUUUGCUGCUUCCCCAAAAUGGAGGCAAGAAAUGUUUAACUGGUAGAAGCGCUUCAGAGGAUUUUGUUAAUCUCAAAAUGAUACUGAAAGGAAAAACUGCAGAGAGAUAUAGAUGGUUGUCUGUAGUUGCUGUUCCAAUAGUAUGUAGUCAUGAUUUAAAGUUUUGUUUUUGUCUGAUUUUUAUUGAGCAUUUUCUAUGUUUAAGAUUAGGAGCUGUACUUUGUUAAUGAUCAAUGUACUGAUACAAUAAAAGAGGUUUUU